ACGCGCUCGGCCAAGAUGGCGGACAAGUGUCAGCCGCGGUGUCCUGUACUUUUCUGAGAAACUCAACUCCAGCCGCGCUCGUAUCGAGUUUUGUUUGUAUCUGUGCAUCUCGACUGGAAGAUAACGGGGAGAUCUCCAGUAAGUGUAAACACUUUGGAGACCUGUGAGUGUAAACGAUGCAGCCCCCUCCUCGGACAGCCCCUCCUGGAGCUAGUGGGCCUCCGCCUCCCUCUGGUGGACCAAAUGCCUUCAGAAGAACCAGACCUCACAAGCAUGGGGCUGCAGCUGCUAUGACACCGGCUGCCCCACCCACACAGCCAGUGACUGAUCCUUUUGCCUUUGGAAGACAAAGUUUUUCACCCAUGGCAGAGGCCAGCCAAGUUCCAACCACAAACAGCAACCCACUUCAUAUGCAAGGUCCUCCCCUGCCCGUGUUUAACCCAACGACUCCACCACAAGGGCCACCACCAGGAGCAGUGCAGGCAGCCUCUCCUGGCCCACCACCAAGAAUUUUUACACCUCAACCAGUUCUCCCAGGGCCCGCACCAAACUCCAAUCCUCCACCUGUAGAACCAGGAUACUUUAAUUCCCAAGAACCUAUGCCCUAUAUAGCACAAUUACCUAACCCUGCUUCUUCUUUCAGUUCUGGUUCAUCACAUCCACCCUUCACUGCCCCAACACCUCCAGUUCAAUCCCAGACUCCUUUUCAAUCCCAGCCAACGCCUCCCCUACCUUCUCACUGGGUGCCUGACCACAGAAGCCGCCCACCUUCUGUUCAGAACUACUUUCAGCCAACUAGUGAUCUCCCAUCUCAGCCUUUUCAAGCUCAAGCCCCACCCCCUGUGCCCUCUUCCCACACAGCCCCACCAUUGACACAAUUUCAGAAUCAAGGUCAGUCAGCUCAACCAAAUGUGACUGGGCCUGCUCCAACUCAGCAACUCAACUCCCACUUCCCGGCUCAAAAUUACUUCAGUCAGUCAGGUGGACCCUUAGAGCCAUGGUUCAAUCAAAACCCACAGGAUCCGUCUCAGCGUGCCUGCCCUGUCUCCUACUCUGAAGUUCCCAGUGAUUCCGGAACUCUCUCAAUGUUCUUUCGGGGCAAUGAUGUUGAAAAUGAAGAAACACUGUCAGGGGAGGGACGUGUAAAUGGGAUUCAUCACCCUUUCCAUUCGACGACUGAGUUCUCUGGUCCAUAUUUGAAUGACACUGGUAACAUUCGAGCCGGGGCAGGGCCAUGUGAUUCUGUGGAGAAUCAGGAAUGUGUUCCAAACCAGGAAGUGCUGCCUAGUGAGCCUCCUCCAAGCCAUGCCUUUGAGGGGGGGCCUAAUUUGGAGACACCUGACACUGGCCCUCGUCUUGCCCGCUCUGCAAGUGUUUCAUCCAGCUACAGUAAUGUCAGUCACAGCAGUGGGCACGUUCCUCAGAGCGGCAGCCACAUCCCUCUGCGACAGCAAGGUGUAGUGGGAACAUUUAUCCAACAGGAAAGUCCCCGCCCACCAGAUCACCCUGCUUUGCAUCCCUCCACUGGUGGAUAUUUUGAACAGAUAGACUCCAAUCCAGCUGCAGAGGCAAGUCCUACUUUCCCAACUCCUAGCCCACCUAAACCCGUUGGUGUGUUCCAAGCGAGUGCAAAUUCUUCCUUUGAGCCUGUCCGCUCACAUGGUGUAGGAGUUCGACCUGCUGAGGUUGACCGUGCACGUAUGGUCAUGGAAAAGGGUGGACGUGACAUGCAGCCUGGCAACCUAGAACAACCUCCAGAUAACUUGGAGACAAUUUACUUACCGGAACGCCGACCCUCAUCUCGAGCUCAGGGAGCACGACGCCCCAUUGAGAGUCCCGCUACUACACUCUGGGCUCAAAAUGACACUGCCAGUCUAGGUGCUAACAUACUGUUAGCCCCUGCAGCACCCUCGCUGGCUGCAACAUUUGUUCCAGCACAUCCAUCCGAAGUCGUCCAGCCACCAGAGGAUGGCCCUCUUGAUUUGCAUCCAGCAAACCCAGAUCCACAACCUCCCACUGAAAAUCUGGAAAUUCCCCCAGACUCCACGCCUCAGACAAGUGUGGGAUAUGCCUCCUUGCUGGUGACCUCGCCUCCCGUAGAGGCCCUGAACCAGCCUCUGUCGAUUGCGCCACCUUCCAGUUUGGUUUCCUCUCAAAACCUCUUACAACCCUUCAAUCAGACAAGUCCUCAAGAGACAGCAACACCUGUGCACCCACACCCUCAGUCUUCUGUGACCAAUCAAAUGCCUCAGAAUUCUCCUCCAACAAAUCAGUCACAGCCUCUUUUCUCUCAGACACCAGUAAACUUCAGCACUUCUUCCACUCAAUGUAUCUUGAACCUAGCACAAGUGGCAAAAGAUGUUCAGCCCUCUGUUCAAGCAGCCCGACCCGUUCUCUCAAAUUAUGAGCUGCUUGAUUUUUCUAUGCAUCAACCACAGUCCACGAAUCAGGUGAUGGUCCCAGCUGUCUCUCAGUCUGCCCAUCCUGCGGGCUUGGUGAAUAACACACCCGGCUUUUACCUGCAGGUCACCAAAGAUGCACAGCAGGGUGGGCAGUCUGACAGCGAGGCACUGCCCCUUCUGCAGAACUCAAACACCCCACGACCCUGCAGCAACCAACCUGUCAAUGAUCCAAUUCACACCUCCCACCCUGCCCAUCCACCUCCAGCUCAACACCAGCCUCCUCCACAUGCCCCGCCAACUCAACCUGGUGUCCCUCUCGGAUCUGCCCUACCUUCCUCUUACCCACCCCAGUCUGGGAACUCUGCCCCCCAGCCACUUCAAGAACCCCAAAGACCUCCUUCAUCUCUAGGUGAUCAGUCAGGUUAUGGUGCUCCUCCUGCGAUGCCACCUGGUCCGGGUUACGCAGGGUACUACCCGGGACCCUACCCUGAGUACCAGAAUGGAAGACUGCCGUACCCACCCCAGUACCCUAUGGAUCCCAGAUCUCAAAGCUACUAUCAGGAUGAUCCCUACCGUAGAGGAGAUCCUCGAUACGGAUGGUAUGAUGGUCAAAAUCCUGGCUACCGGGAGGCUGAACGUCAACCAGAGAGGCCAAGUUCUCAAACCAGCCAAUACUCAGACAGACCCAACUCUAGACAGGGGUAUCAAGAAGACUUUUCUAGAUCCAGCCGUAGUGCCUAUGAUGACUACUAUGCAAACUACUAUAAAAGACAGAAUGAUGCCUAUGGAGAUAGGAGCAGGUGGUAUGAUCCAAAUGCUGCUUAUGAUCCACGCUACAAAGCCUACUAUGAUCAAGCAUAUGGCUGGUACUAUGGAGAUGCCUACAACAACCAACAAUAUCAAAACAGGGGAAGAGAGGGCUAUGAUGAUCCAUGGAGAUAUUACCCUGGUUAUGACUCAAGCUUUGAUGAUGACUACCGGCGCCGCGAUCCAUACGCUGACGAUUUUGACCGCCGUUCGGUUCACAGUGAACGAUCAACACACAGUGUUCAUUCAUCACACAGUCAACACAGUAACUUCAGCUCACGGUCUCAACAGAGUCAAGUGUAUAGAAGUCAACCAGAUUUGGUCAGUGCAGCAUAUGAUACCACUGGGACGACUCUUCCAGCGGAUUACACCUACAGCCAGUAUCCUAACCCUUCAGAUACUGUAGAUUACAGUCAGAUUUCUUACUCUACAGACAACACCUGGACUGCCCCAGAGCAGCAUGUUCCUAGCUGUGCAAUGAUUCUGCAGGAUUCUCCAGAGCAGUCAGAAAUGCGUUCAUUCCCUGGCCCACUCGUCAAAGAGGAGACUCAUAAGGUGGAUGUCAUAAAGUUUGCUCAGAACAAAGCCCAAGAGUGUUUGCGAAAUGAUGACCUCAUCGACAAAGACUCCGCCUACCUCAUCUGGGAGUUCAUUGUGCUGCUGUGUCGCCAGAAUGGGACAGUAGUGGGCACAGACAUCGCUGACCUGUUACUAAAGGAGCAUCGCUCUGUCUGGUUGCCGGGAAAAUCACCCAAUGAGGCUAAUCUCAUCGACUUCAACAAUGAAGCAAUAGAGCAUGCUGAGGAGGAAGAGGCGGGGCCAAUAUCCCUUCUAUCAGACACUUUCAUGGGCGUGCCAGAGAAUGUUGGCAAGGAGACGGAGCGUUUCAGAGAACUACUACUAUUCGGCCGCAAGAAGGAUGCUCUGGAGUCUGCUAUGAAGAAUGGUCUGUGGGGUCACGCGCUGUUACUGGCCAGUAAGAUGGACAACAGAACACACGCGCGUGUCAUGACCAGAUUUGCCAACAGCCUGCCUAUUAACGACCCUCUUCAGACGGUGUACCAGCUCAUGUCAGGACGAAUGCCAGCUGCUGCUACUUGUUGCGGAGAUGAGAAAUGGGGCGAUUGGCGCCCUCAUCUGGCCAUGGUGCUAUCCAACCUCACACACACUCUAGAUCUUGACACCCGCACCAUUUCCACCAUGGGGGACACUUUAGCAUCUAAAAGUCUAGUGGAUGCAGCCCAUUUUUGUUACCUGAUGGCUCAGGUGGGUUUUGGUGUUUACACCAAGAAAAGCACCAAGAUGGUCCUUAUCGGUUCCAAUCACAGCUUGCCAUUUUUGAAGUUCUGCUCGUCAGAGGCGAUUCAGCGUACAGAAUCGUAUGAAUACGCUCAGUCUCUUAGCUCUCAGCCUCUCUCUCUGCCGAACUUCCAGGUGUUCAAGUUCAUCUACGCGUGUCGACUGGCGGAGACGGGAUUCUGCUCUCAAGCCUUCCAUUACUGUGAGGUCAUCUCACGCACCCUGUUGAGCCUACCUGAGUACUUCUCACCUGUGUUCAUCAGUCAGCUCAUACAGAUGUCUCUGAGGUUGAGGUUUUUUGACCCUCAGCUGAAGGAGAGACCAGAGCAGGAGUUGUUUAUAGAGCCUGGUUGGUUACUGCAUCUUAGACAACUCGAUGGGCAGAUCAAGGAUGGUGCGAUCACCUUACGUGCAGAUCACAGCACCUCACUGCUUUAUCACUGCAGUACGCCCAGUUCAGAAGACCACUGCAGCCCACCUGACCCCUCGACUCUGAACCCUGAUCCCCACAAUCCUCUCAUGGCCUCCCUUCUGCCCUCAGCUGGUGUUCAACUCGUGCCUCCAGCUCCUCCCACUAUUCUUCAGGAUGGGGCUGUCCCUCUGCAGCAGACCCCGCCUUCGGGUGAAAGCGUUCCAUUCUACCCAGUGGCCCCGGGGCCACCACAGCCAAAUUUUGCAGCACCGUUCCAACCUGAAAUGCAUGAGCAAUACAUGCCCAUGCCACCCCAAAUACCCACACAAAUACCCCAACAAAUGCCCCCACAAAUUCCAACGUACAGCCCUACAGAAAUGCCUCUACAGAUGCCACCAGGAAUGCCACAUCAGAUGCCCCCACCAAUGCCUGGGGCUGAACAUGGCUAUGCCCCUUCCUCUCCUCAGCAGUUCCCCCAGACGUCUCCCUCGUUCACUGCCCCCCCUCCACAAGGGAAGGACUUCUAUGAUGAAAUGGCACGCAUGGGCCCAGGCAGAAGAUCAAGAACCACUUCACAGUCAUCAGUGCAACUGACAUCAGGUCGUCGGUCUCGCACAACAUCAGAAUCGUCCAAUCAUUCUGGACGGGAGCGCAGCAGUUCUCUAGCCAAUCAGGGCUCUCCACCGCCUCCUCCUAUCCCAGAGGCUCCACCACAGGACAAACCCAAGAAGUCCAAGAAAGACUCUCCCAAAAAAGGAGCGAGUGGUGGCUGGCUGACCUGGCUGUAUCCAAAGCGCAAGAGCGAAGCACAUCUGCCAGAUGACAAGAACAAAUCUAUUGUCUGGGAUGAAAAGAAGCAGAAAUGGGUGAAUCUGGAUGAACCAGAGGAAGAGAGCAAACCCCCUCCUCCUCCACCUACCGGAUUCCCCAAAGCUCCAAUGGGAGGGAUGAGGCCACCAGGAGCGGGUGGUCCUGCAGGGGGGCCACCUGUGAAUAUGUUCUCCAGGAGAGCGGGUACUAAGAGCCGUUAUGUGGACGUGUUGAAUCCCGGUCGUGGAGGAUCUAAACCGGCAGCUGCAGUACCGCCUCCUGCUGACCUGUUUGCUCCUCUCGCUCCCAUGGCUAUGCCAGCCAACCUCUUUACACCAGCUGCAGCCCCAGAUGAGCAGCAUCAGCCGAUGGAGGGAAGCGUUCCAGAUGCCAGUGGAGAAAAAACAGCGCAGACUAGUGCCACAGUGCCACAGAUGUUUAAUCCGAAUGCUUUGCCUCCUGGCCUGGAGGGAACCCAGUCUGGAGAGCUGUCACGUUCUAGCUCAAUGAGUUCUCUAUCUCGAGAAGUGAGUCAGCAUUUAAAUCAGGUUCCCGCUCAGCCGCCAGCACAAGGAGCUCCACCUGCAGGAGGCGUGACAUUUUAUAACCCCUCCCAGUUUGCACAGUCUGUUCCCACAAGCCGCACUCGACCUGGUCGUCUGGGACAGAGAGGAUACCCCACACUGAAAUAACAGUAUCGCUGUAGUUCUAGAUCAAACUGUGGUUCUAGACCAGAUCCGACUGAAGUUUGGUUACUGCCUGGACUCCUGGAAGCGCCGACAUGCGGCCCUCAGCCUCCCAAAUAACAUUGUCGCUGUCAUAAUCCUGGUUUUCCCAUCUGUGCUGAAGUCUGAGUGAGCGGAUCAUUCUUCAUUUCUCCUUCUAGACUCCUCGUACCCGUUACGGUCUAACUCUAUCCUCUUGUUCUGUGUUUGUACGGACCGGGCGGCACUUCCUCAACGUGAGCAGUGUGAAUAUAAGUGCAAUAUGUCCAUUUUUAGCCCUGUGUAGUUUGAUUUCCUUUAAUAGUCUGCUCAUUUCAGCAAGGGUGAAUGCGAGUGCAUGUGAGCGCGCGUGUUUGUGUGUGUGGGGAGGAAAUGUGGGCGUGUCUUGCUGAUGGAAGGCAGCCAAUGCAUGAGUUAGAGGGCGGUCUGGCCUGUUGUACCAGAAUGUUUUAGAUAUUUAUUAAGCUUCCUGUCGGAAUGAAACAGUCGAAACGCUGUUGCCGGACAGGAUCCAUACAUCAGAGUGAGUUUGUGUACGCAUAGUCAUGACGUGCUAAACAAACCCAUCUCUUUUUCCAUCUCCUGAUUGAAUCCUUAAUUUUGCCAGUAGCGAAGAAUCAUACAGUUAUAUGAUUUCCCAAAAUCCUGUGAUCAUUGUGUGUGUUAUGCUCAUAAAAUAUCAUUUAUUAUUUUCCUGGCUUUAUCUCGCUCUCUGAUCGGUCGUCUUCAUGUCUCUUAAUCACACGCCAUUAUUCCUUUGCUCGUUCCGGGGUUCUUGUUCCCAUGGUAAAAGCGGGGUUUUGUAAUUCCGAAGGUCUGCUCUGUUUGAAGGAAGCUCAGACUUUUCCAAUGUGUUUAGAAAUUGACUGUACAAUUCUUGAUAAAGUGAUAAUAAAGAUAUUUUUGAGCUCUUUAA